AUGGCUCAGCCGAUGGACAAUGUUGUUGACCAGCUCGCCCAGCUAAACGCCGCCCGCAGCCUCGUCCUCGGUGAUGCCGCCUUCUACCCGCAAAUCGUGAACGGCAUCCUUCCCAUCGUCGGAGCUAGCACAAGAUUGGAACUUCGGAGAUGGGGAGCGAAUUUCCUAGCAGAAACCUUUGCUAGCCCGAUGCUACCUGCAGCGCAGAAGGAGCAGCUGGCACCGAGUGUCCUACAAACAAUCCGCGAGAUUCUAGAGUUACCGGAGACAGAUACGCCAGUCCUACAGAGCUUAGUACAGACUUCAGCUAGUUUGUACCCUCUGGUCUUCAGACAUGUAGUGAAAACCCCGCAGGAUAGCAAGUCAUGGGAGACGAUAACUGCGAUCAAGCAUGAUAUUCUCAAACGGAUGGACUCAUUCCCGUGUCCAGUAAAGCUUUGCUGUGCCAAGUUCAUCCAGCGCGUGGUCCAGGUUCAGACGCCUGGAGUGAUUGCUGACCCGAGGCGACCGGACCAGAAUGAGACGUCUUUAGCCGUCGUUCCCCGAAAUCACGCUCUUCUCUCAAUACCGAAUUUAGAAGCUGAAUCUUCGGGUCUCCUUGAUCGAUUGCUCGGUGUAUUCCAGGAGGAGACUAGUGAUGCUCUUCUCGUAAACGCGACUCUGAAUUGCCUCGCACCUCUCAUCCGAACGCGCCAGUCCAUCGCAAACAAGAUCGUGAACACGGUCCUGGAGUUCUAUCCCGCAAAGCAUGUCCGCCCACCAUUCACUCCGACUGUCCGCGUUAGUGUCAAGUCUAUGGAGCGUACAGCUCGGGCUCUGGUGAUCAACAUUCUAAAAAAGAACCCGAAUCACCCCCUGCUGGGUCGGAUGCAGAUGUACAUCGAGCGGCUAAUGCAAUCCCGUCUCGAAGUCGCUGACGAUGCCUCACGGAAACGCGGCUUGCCGGCCGAACCCACUGACGGACUUGACAAUGCUAAGCGGGCACGCCUCAACGCCUUGACUCCGCCGAUGCUUAAGAUUCCCCCGAUGGCACCGGGACCCGCAAGCUACGACAAAUUGUUCACUUUGACCGAGGACGUUGGACUGUCCUCCUUCGACGUAAAACAGCUUCCAAUCGAUUUAGUCCUCAAGAUCGUCGUACCUCUCUUGUCGCAAGUACAAGAUGCGACACUCGCGCAAGCUGCCGAUGCUGUUCGUACCCGAUAUCAGACCAUCACCAAAGAGCAAAACUUGCAAAGGCAGCAGCAACUAAAAGCAGCAGCUGCAGAUGAGGAUGACGACUAUGAGCCAGAAUAUCAACCCAUGGAUGUAGCAUCGGUAGUUUCGGAUGAGGCUAGUGCAGUCGCGGCAGAGGUAGCAGAUCUUCAACCAGAUCUGGUCUCCUUGGGCCCUUUUGUCCUGCCGCAGCCCCCUCCAUUGAGCGAGGAGGAGGCUGGGGAAAUUGGACGGAGUGCUGUGGCGCGCGUCUUCGGCAUGUUGAGUGCAGCUGAAACGUCACCCACACCGGCCAAGAACCAAAAUCAACAAAAGCUUGGAUUUGCUCGGUUAGCAGGUAGCACAUUUGAUCGAGACGCAUGGUCUGUUCUGCUUACUCGGUUGGCUACGCGGGCCCCUGCUGGUCUCGAAAAUGAUCAGUCAACCAAGGAAGACCCCGCUGCACGCAGGCAAACAACCAUUGCCGACUCCAUUCGCGAGACGCUGUAUCGAUUCAUCUUGGAAGAUUUCCGAGGACGACUCAACAUUGCUAUUAUCUGGCUUAAUGAAGAGUGGUACAACGACCGAAUCCGAAUGAAAAGUGCUGCCGAUCAGCGCGAUGGAGACCAAGAUGCGGAGCCAAACUUGGCUCUCAACUAUGAUACCUGGUCUACUCGACUUUUGGAUGGCUUCCUGGCUUACUUGGAUGCUCGAGAUAUCAAGGUGUUGGUUCGAUUCCUCAGUGAAGUUCCUGAGAUUACCAUGGCUAUCACGCAGCGGGUGGCCGGUUUGGCUAAAGACCCGGAACGCGUGAACCUCUGUGUCCAAUCUUUGAUGUACCUGAUCAUGUUCCGACCUCCCGCGCGGGAAAUGUGUCUGAACACCGUAGAAGAUGUCUAUCGGGCUUACGAAGAAUCACGACCUGCCGCAACCAAAGUCCUCACCAAGUGGCGCCCGCAAAGCACCGUUCUGCCUCCUCCAGCUACCGCCCCAGAGCCAUCGGCAGCACCAGAAUUAUCAGCGGCACCAGAAUCAUCGGCAGCGCCAGAAGCACCGGCAGCGCCUUCAAAUCCAGAGGCGCAACCAGCCGCUGCCGAAUGA